AUGGUCAACUGGCUAAAUCUCGCCGUGCCAUUCGCCUACCUCGGCGUCUUAAUUGGCUCUUUGGCGACCUUCUCCUCGUUAUACCGCAAGCGCAAAGCCCAGAAGGCUUUCUCCCUAGAACCAUGGUUCCCGCCCCACCUUCAACGAGACAUCUAUUUCUCCCUGCUUCAUCUUGAUCCGCCCGCCACGGGUUCCAAGGAGAAGAAAGCUCCCGCAGUGCCGGAGACGGUCCUCAAGGCCGCUCUCCUGAGACGUGCAACCGAGGAUAUCAAGCGAGUGCUGGCCCUGCGGAGUCAGAAACAGGCAUUGGCCAUGCUGCUUCAACGCGGCAGUGUUGGCGAUGAUCUGUGGCAGCGAUUCCAACGGGCUGAGAAGGAAAUGGAGGACGAGGUUCGCGACGUGGUUUCUGAGGCCAACGCUUACCAGCCUGGUUGGGGCCAAGUGAUCUUCCAAUCCGCCAACGAGAUGAUGAACAACGCCAUUUACCGCCAGCGAGUUGAGGCCCAACAAUCCAAGAUGGAGGAGGAACGCCAGUGGUGGGACCGGAAGAAGGCCACCAUUCAGGAAGGAUUCAUGAAGGAAUUGGAUGCCGAAGGCGCCUCGCGACCCUCUGAACCGGCGCCGGUAACUCCGACUACCACGAGCAGCUCGACCCCUGCGACGAAGACGCCCGAGUCCUCUGCGGCGCCGUCGUCCGUGACCGGCAGUGAUGAUGAUGCGGUGUUGGUUGAAGCAGAUGAGCAAAACGGGACCCCGGGGACUCCUGGGACUCCUGGGACUCCUGGCAAAAAGAAGAAGAAGGGCAAGAAAUAA